CCUUGUUGAUGGAGACUAGGGGAGGAGCGGUUUCCAGUACUGUAAUGGAUCCCUUUAGCAAUACUUGGGUUGAGGAGAGAGUUACCGAACCGGGACAGGGCCAAAAUAAGAAACUGGAACAGGAGAAAUUAUCCGGGGUGGUGAAGAGUGUGCACAGGAAACUCCGCAAGAAAUACAGAGAAGUGGGCGACUUUGAUAAGAUCUGGCGUGAACACUGCGAGGAUGAAGAGACACUCAGUGAAUAUGCAGUUGCCAUGAAGAACCUAGCAGACAACCACUGGGCGAAGAAAUGCGAGGGCGAGGGACGCAUUGAAUGGUGUCGUAGCAUUUGCCAAGAGUACUUUCUAGAUGGUGGGAUGAAGAGAAUGCUUGAGAAGGAUGAAAAAAGUGCGCGCAUUGCUGUUGCCAUGACCACCACAACGCUGCAUCUAAAUCAGAAUAAUGCACAACAGAUGUUGGCCCGUCUAUCAGGAAAAAUUCGUUUGUUGGAUGUUGGCAGCUGCUUCAACCCAUUUCUGAAGUUUGAUGAAUUCCUAACUGUCGGUAUUGACAUUGUGCCUGCAGUUCAGAGUGUGUACAAAUGUGACUUCCUCAACCUUCAGUUGCAGCAGCCUCUCCAGCUAGCACAAGAUGCCGUGGAUGCCUUCCUCAAGCAACUAAAAAACCCCAUCGACGCCCUCCCUGGAGAGCUCUUGAAUGUAGUGGUGUUCUCUCUCCUGCUUUCCUAUUUCCCUUCCCCAUAUCAGCGAUGGAUCUGCUGCAAGAAAGCACAUGAACUCCUGGCUCUGAACGGUCUGCUUCUCAUAAUCACACCCGAUUCCUCUCACCAGAACAGGCACGCAAUGAUGAUGAAGAGCUGGAAGAUUGCAAUAGAGUCACUGGGCUUCAAGAGGUACAAGUAUGUGAAAUUCUCUCACAUGCAUCUAAUUGCUUUUAGGAAAGUCUCCUUAAAGACUACCAGUGAUCUUGUCAGCAGGAACUACCCAGAGAUGCUCUAUAUCCCCCAGGAUUUUAAUAACGCAGAAGAGGGAGAAUACUUUGAUGUAGCGGUUCAAGUGCGAUCGGAUCUCGAGGAUGACCAGAUGGCUUACAAUUUUAUGGAACUCCCCGACGCACCUUAUGACUCGGACUCUGGGGAUAGCCAGACAAGCUCGAUAAUUUUCCAGGAGCUGGAGGACCCCAUCUUACUGCAAAGCUAAUCCACUUCAAAACACAAAUGCCUUUAUUGUCUGUACUGCUGUGUUGCCAAUAUAAUUCUGCUGUAUUACCAUGCUCUCGGUGUGUAACAACAACAAAGAAAAUGCUGUUUGCACAGAAAAAAAAAGAAACAAGUUUACAGAAGUUGGCUAUUUUUUUCUACAUGUGUCUUAUGAAAAGAAAAGAGAAAUAUAUCUCUGUAGAUGGGGUGCAUUUAUUAAAAUUAGUUUUGUAAGCAGAUGCCCUCAGGAUGCAAUAUAAAUGUUAUCCUUUCUGCUCAUUUCAUUAUCUGUGUUCUUACAGGUAAAUCAUGAGUUGUUGGUGAUACUGGUUGUGAUGCCAUAGGCAGAUGCAAGUUCAAUUUUGGUAAAAAAAUAUUGCAACCUGGAGACAUAAGUGUAUUAUUUUUUGAUCUUGGCCCCAAGAUAUUGUUUGUGAAAAAGAUGUUUGAAACAAAACAGAACAUCAUGGAAGAAGUUUUGCUUGCGGCCUGGAGUCGGACUGUAAUUUGCACCACUUCUGUGUGUAAAUGUGUAGUUAGUCCGAUUUUAUAGUUCUUUGUUACGUUUUCUUGACAAACAAUUUGGUCUGUUCACUUUUGAACAAACUGGUAUUGGCCCUUUCUAAAGGCAAAUGCCAUUUUAGCCGAGCAACUUUUGGCAGCUAGCACUGGGAACUAUUUUUGUUGGAGUAGUUUCUUAAAUAAAUUGAUGUAACAUUUUAAGCUUUACAGGCACCUGCAGAGGUGCUUAGCAGAUUUUAGUUGUAUUAAUGUGAUUGCUGUAUGGUAUAAGUUUCAUGGUACUCGUAAUGCAAACCAUUCAGAAUGUGAUUCCUCUCCACUGUAGCUACUAGCCAGUUUGCACUUUUUUAAAGUAUUAAUUUACUGAGCCCUUAAAAAUCGCAUUUAAAAAAAAAAAUGCUUAUAAAAUAGCACAUUUAAAUAGUUCUGCACACUUUCAAUAUGAAACAGUUUAGAAAUACCGAUUGUUUCAAGCAGCUCUUUGAUGUAUCUGCCAAAAGUUAUUUGGGACAAAAGUAAUUUUGAAAUGCCUCAGUGUAGAGUGAUCCAUGUGUUGUACUUCUUGAAAAUGAUUUACCUCAUAAUGAGGUUUUGCACUAAUACCCUUUGGUCUCAGAUAUAGCUACUUUUUUGCUUUGAGUGUAUUUCUGCUAUAGCUUGCUGUGACCUAAAAAGAAGUACUGUAAUUUACAAUUGUGGUUAGAGUUUGGUUGUAGUUCCAAAUAACACUAGUAUUUUAGCUUGUAAUAUGUUGCACUUGUUAUUAAUUUCAUAUCCGUGGCUAGUCGAACCUUCUGUUCGGUGUUCAUUCAUGGCACUUUUAUUUGAUAUUAAAAUUAACAUUCGAAAGUGUCAAAACCUUUAACUAGUAUUAUAAUAGGUACAUUUUUAAGAAGAAUUCAAAGUUAAUUCCUAUUGGUUAGAUGAUGUUGCAGUGAAUUAGUGCACAGAGGUGUUUACCUUAUACAGCACAUUAGUCUUGCCCCUCAGGUUACAGAUACAAGGUACACUAUGUGCAGUAAAGUAUACCCCCAGUCCCCUCAUUCUACAACAAAAGUCUUUCUUUAAGGUGCCUUCUUACCUUUGCAGAAGGUUGUCCCCGUCGAGAACGAAGAUUUGCUGAUAAUGCAGUAUAUAUUGCACAAUAUGAUGCCAGUAUGCACUACAACUGGCUUGCCAAAUAAACUGUGAAUCUCACUAGGCUAUGUUUCUUAAAUAAGUAGAGCAGAAUUGGUCUCUUAGGUUAUUCAUACCUAACUUUUACUGGACAGUUCACUUAAUUAUCCCAUUUUAAUGGGGGUUAAUGUUUUAAAAAAAUAUAUAUUUUAAGGUCCAGUCAUUUUUUGUAUUAUGGUUACUACGGAAGCAAAGGGGUUGAACAAAGCUUUUCCUUUUUCUUCAUAGAAACCAUGCUGAAUGAAGUAUUUUGGAAUUGCAUUAGAGAUGUUGCUUUUAUCAGGGCAAGCACUCUCAUAUUUUCUGGUAAAAUGCUUUGUAAGCUCAAUAUUUCAAUACCUUACAGAAGAUUCCUGAUAUUGUGGAAAAGCUAACAGAUAAAGUUUUUGGUAAACUAUGGCUAUUGGAUAUAAUAUUUUAUGAAGACAAUUUGGUAUAUAUACUGUUGUUUAUUUUUUAUUGUAUUAGAAUAUCUCUUGCAUGACCUAAUUCACUUUUGUUGUAUAAGAUAUCUAUUUUGACUACCACAGGUCACAAAAGUGCUUGUAUUGUUCAAUGUUUUUUCUUUUCAUACAUGAAUGUGAAUGCAAUCCUGCUUGUGGUUUAUUGUCUCCGAUAACUAUCUUUGUUUGGAAACCUAAACAAGUAUAAGCAAUAAAAAGAUAAAGGCUGAA